UCAUACACAUUCAGAUCUUCAAAACAAACAUCAAUGGAUGCCUCAUCAGCUUCUCAAAUCAUGAUCCAAAAUGGUCAUAAAGAAGCAAAGAGAAAACAACAUGAAUCCUCUUCUAAGGGUGGUUGGAAUUCUGCUAUGUUUAUUAUAGCUGUGGAGGUGGCAGAGAGAUUUGCUUUCUAUGGAUUGAGUGCUAAUCUCAUCAAUUAUUUCACUGAUAAACUUGGCCAGUCCAUCUCAACUGCAGCCAAGAACGUCAACACUUGGGUUGGUGUUUCUGCCCUUUUUCCCCUUCUUGGUGCCUUUGUUGCCGAUGCUUAUCUAGGCCGAUUCAAGACCAUUCUCCUCUCCUCCAUCAUCUAUUUCUUGGGGAUUGUUCUGUUGACAUUGUCAGUAUCAGUGAUUCCUUUGCACUACCGGAAAGCAGUGUUCUUUACAGCAAUCUAUGUACUGGCUAUAGGUGAAGGUGGACACAAGCCAUGUGUGCAAACAUUUGCAGCAGACCAGUUUGACGAGGAUACACCAGAGCAGAAAAAGACCAAGAGCUCAUUCUUCAAUUGGUGGUAUUUGGGGAUAGUCAUUGGUGCUUCUGUGGCCACCACUGCAGUCAUUUACAUCCAGGACAAUGUUGGGUGGGGAACAGCAUUUGGGGUGCUGGCGGGGAUACUGGGCGUGGCGUUGGUGGUGUUUCUACUCGGAAUCAGAACGUACAGGAAAGAGAGCCCGGUGGGGAGCCCACUCACAACUGUGGCACAAGUACUUGUUGCAUCAGCCAAGAAGUGGCGCGUGAGCGAGACGCGCAACCAUGGCAUUUGCUCUGAGGAUGAUGAGAUUGAUGGGGUAUAUUUGGAGGAUCAACCUAAGCCUAGAAAACUGGCUCGGACCAAACAAUUCAGAUUUCUUGACAAGGCAGCGAUCAUUGACAACAUUGAUGUCUCAAGCAAGAAAAGGAACCCUUGGAGGCUAUGUACACUAAACCAAGUUGAAGAAGUGAAACUAGUCCUCCGGCUCAUCCCAAUAUGGUUAGCUUGUCUAAUGUUCGCUACCAUUCAAGCUCAACUACACACCUUCUUCACCAAACAAGGAGGCACGUUGAAAAGAUCGAUCGGACAUCAUUUUCUCGUUCCUCCUGCAUCGCUUAUGAGCCUGGUAGGCGUCACAAUCCUCAUCUUCGUCCCUAUUUACGAUGGAAUCGUCGUUCCAAUGGCUCGGAAAAUAACAGGACACACCUCCGGCAUUACAAUGCUACAAAGAAUAGGCAUUGGUUUGUUCCUAACUAUUGUUGAAAUGGUGGUUGCUGCCCUAAUAGAGUCCAAAAGGGUCAAAAUUGCUAGAGACCAUGGACUACUAGACUCUCCAAAGGCAGUAAUACCAAUGAGUAUAUGGUGGUUACUCCCCCAGUACAUUUUGACAGGAAUUGUUGAUGUUUUCACCUAUGUUGGACUGCAAGAGUUGUCGUACGAUCAAAUGCCGGAUACGAUGAGAAGCUUGGGAGCUGCAGCUCAGAUGUUGGUGGUAGGUAUUGGAAGCUUUGUUAGUACUGCAGUCAUUGAUAUUGUACAAGCAAUAGGUUCCAGAGCUGGUGGCAGUAUGCUUGGUGACAAUCUAAAUCGCGCUCAUCUCGAUUAUUUCUACUGGGUUUUGGCUGGAUUGAGCGCUGUGAAUUUGUGUGUUUAUGUGUUGAUUGCUAGAGGUUUUGUGUACAAGAAAGUUGAGGAGGGUGGUCUUGAAUUUGGUUUGAAGAUGCAGAGAGAUUUGAGUCUCCAUGGAUACUCAGAAGCAGAGAAGUAAGACUUAUGCAGUUAAAGAGAAGUUAGCGCACCAUAAAUAUAUGAGCCAUUACAAUAGAUGUUUUUCAUGCUAUAUGCCUAUAUCUCUUUAUUAAACCAGUGUACUAUGUAUCAAAAUUAGCUUAUAAAAUGAAAACCAGCAUACCAAAUAUACCCAGAUUUUAAAUUCUAUAAUGAUGUAUUAAAAUAAAAAAAAUGAAUAUCUAAAUUUUAUAGAA